AUGAACACAUCUUCGGAGGAGAACAGACAGGGAGAUUCAGAGAAUGAGGAAAGUGAAGGGAAUCCCAAAUCGUCAAAUGUUCCAAGGGAAAGUUUAAUUUCAGAUGAAGCAAACAAGAGUAAAAUUAUCAAUCGUGCAGAUGAGAAAGAAGUAUUAAGAAGCAGUGAUAGCGAAGGGGAGAAAGGAAUCCCAAGUAACAUUUCGCACAGAAAUGUAAAGAAUUAUAAGAAAGAAGACGAAGAUGGAGAAAAUGGAAAAAAUGGAAAAGAAUUUGUAAACGAAGCGAAAGAGGAGAGAGAGCGUAGGAAGAAGAAAUCCUCUGGAAAUAAAAAAAAAAAUCGGGACAAAAAAAGUGAACAUUAUAAAAAAUAUUUUACCAAAAAGAAAGAUCAUCAUGAUGAUCGACCUAGACAAAAAGAACAUGAUGGUGCAGAUUCAGAGGAGAAUUUUUUUUCCGCAAAAAAAAAAAUUGGAAAAAAAAAUGAUGAUCCACUUGUAAACAGAAAUGAUGAUGAAAAUAUUGACAUGUCAAUUUUUAACGAUGACAAUAAUGGACCGUGUUCCAUUUUUUCUAAUAUGCCAGAUGAACGAGAUAAGGAUAGUAGGAGAAAAAAUCAAAUGAACGAUGCUUCGCCAUCAUCAUCAUCACCUGCAUCUUCCACUUCUUCAUUGUCAGAUGAGGGAACUCGUAGUCACAGGAGGAGUGUACAUUCUUCGGAAGGAGGAAGGAAGAGGAGGAAUUACACAGAUGAUUCGGGUGCAAGUGAUCAAUCUGAUGAGGAAAACUCAGAGCAAUAUCGAGACGAGAGUAGCAGACGAAGCAGAAGUGGGCGAAGUAUAAGUGGACGAAGCAGAAGUGGACGAAGCAGAAGUAGACGAAGCAGAAGUAGCCGCUCCAUCGGAUCAAAUCCAUCAAGAUUGCAACAGAAUGAAGCAACUCACAUAAUAAACAACAUCAAGAAAUUCUGCAGCAACAUUGUUAUGAAAAAAAAUCAGGAACAGUGUGUUACCCCUUCUGCCAAUGCCACAAACAAGAAGAAAGAAUUUCUCUUAAACAUUCUGUCCAACUCGAAUGAAAUCAAGAUAAACCUAAAUGAAAGUCAAGAGAUAAUAAAAAAUACAAAGAAAGAUAAAGAAGAGAUGAGAAAAAAUGAAAAAAUUAUGCAAAAUAUAUUGAAUCUAUCCAAUAAAAACAAUAUAGAUGAUGCAUAUUAUAGCAAGGAAAAUUUUGUAAGUUCCUCGACAGUAGGAGAAAAUAAUAUUCAUAAUGAAAAACAGAUGAUGAUGAUGAAAACUAGGAUGGGAAAAGAUAAGAAUUUUCUACCAAACCAAGGUGACAGAGGCGAUCUAGCCACCACAACAGAAGCUACAUCUGCUUCUGCGGCUUGUAGGUCAGGCACGACAUAUAUAAAAAGGGGAUCGGAUGAAGAAAUGAUGAGAAGGUAUCAUAAUGAUCAGUAUCUGAAGAAGAAAUGGGAAAGUAACAAAAUGAAGAAUAUUAAUUAUGUAUAUGAUAAAUACAAAAUAUUGCUAAAUGAGAUAAAGUCAGGUGAAUACUUACAUUCUGUAGAGAAAAAAUUAAACAUGAUUGAAAAUUCUCUUUUAUGCAUGUCAGAUAUACAAGAAAGUGGUAGAGAUGACAAAUUAGAUAUAAAAAAGAAAUUUACUGAAUUGUUUGACUCUGCUGUAGAUCGUUUGAUGGAAAAUUACGAAGAGAUAAAAAAACAAAAAGAUUCUGAAAAAUUACAAAAGGAACAACUAAAUCUGACAUGCGAUUUUAAUUUAUUUCUUCGGAUAUGUAAAAUCAUGCUCAAUGAUGAAAAAAUGGUAUAUAACAAUAACAAGAAAAACAUAAUUUUUUAUAACAAUAUAUAUAAGAUUAAUUACGUGAUGAGUUCGGGUAGAAAUAGAGACAUCCUGUUUAACUUGUAUUGCAAAAAAUGUCGAUUAACACUUUCUUCUGUUGAAAACCCUCACAGGAGUAGUGGUGAGCAUAGGAAUGAUGAUGUGUGUAGAAAAGACCCUCGUAGAAAGAAUAGAGUAAGUGAAAUUAAGUAUGACAAAAAGGGAACGAUCGAAAAGAUAAAUAUUUUAUGGUUUUAUGAAAAAAAAGAACAUGUGCAUUAUUUACACUUGUACAAUUUAAACAAUCUGAAUAGCAAGGUAAUGACAGUGGAAAUUGAUUCGGCACUGGAAUGCAUAGAUGUGGUAUUUUUAAAUUCUUUCAUUCCAUUAGAUUCGUUUUACAAUUCUGUAAAAAACUACUACCUGAUGGUAAUAACAGAAUUUUCCUUUUACUUUUUCAACAUUCAUUUGUAUUUUAAUUGUGAAGAAGAUUACAACAUAUCAGUUAGUGAACAACUUGUGUACCAAAACAUUUAUCCCUUCUAUUUUAACAUUUACCUCUUUUUACUUUUCAAAUUGUCAAAAGAUGACAAAAAGAGAAAGUACGAAUUUAUUAAGUCGCAUGAAAAGAAUGAAAGAAUUUUCCUCGCUGCCGAUGAUGGGAAUGUCUACGAGUUUAUAUAUGAAAGGGAACAGCUAUUCACUCCUCUAAAUAUUUUUAAAAAAAUUAUUGUCAACAUGUUAAGCGCUCUUGUCAGUAGUGUUAAUGAGACAUUCUUUUCACGAAAGAAGUAUUCUGAAUAUUCGGUGCAGGACGAUGGCUCAUAUGUGCAUAGCCACAAUCAAAGUAGGAGUAUAAGCGGGGUCACCAUGUCUGUGACUAGCGAUUACAACAGGAGUACUUCACGCAGCAGAAGUGGAAGGAGCUGUAGAACACAGAGAAGUAGCUCAAGAAGUAGAUCAAGAAGUAGAUCAAGAAGUAGAUCAAGAAGUAGCUCAAGAAGUAGAUUAAGGAGCAGAUCAAGAAGCAGCUCAAGAAGUAGAUUAAGAAGCAGAUCAAGAAGCAGAUCAAGAAGCAGAUCAAGAAGCAGAUCAAGAAGCAGAUCAAGAAGCAGAUCAAGAAGCAUAUCAAGAAGCAAAAGUCGAAGAAGUGGUAGCUGCAACAAGCAUAGCAGGAAUCGCAGCCCAUAUGCUGAUAACGAAUCGCGUGGAAUGAAACAACAGAAAGAGGAUGAAGACUUUGUAGAAGAGUAUAACAAAAAUAUAUACUGUGAUGAUAUUCAGCAAGUUCCAAUUAAAUAUUAUUUAAAAAAAAUUAUCAGUACAUACUUUAUAAAAUGUUUUUCCUUUUUCAAAAACAAAGUGAAGAAGAUGUUAGUAGACAAUGAAAGAUCUAUAUUGUAUGUACUGUAUGACAAUAGCGAUUUGUAUGUUAAGAUUCUAACGAAUAUAGGAGGAGAGGGGAAUUCAAGGAAUUAUAUCUCUGAGACUAUUACAUAUACAAAAAGUGAUCUGGUAUCUGAGAUGGGAAAUUUAUAUUUUGUCGAUGAUAGUAAUUUUGGUCCCAAUUCUGAGGUAUAUGGAGGGCCAUUCCCAGGUGAAGCAUUUUACACAGGAAUGAGAGGUGAAAGAAGUGAAGGGAUGAGAAGUGGACGAAUUGGAGGAAUGGGAACUGUUGGUAGUAAGGUCGUUGAUCCAUCUAGUAUCAACCUGGGAAUCAAUAAAUAUCCACAAGCUCAAAACACAGAAAUGAACAAAUUUGUUUAUCCCACGAAUAUUGAACAUAGUGUUUUGAACAAACUUAGAAUUAUCGAUAUUCACAUUAAUUAUAUGCACGAAAGAAAUGAUAUUUGUCUAAAAAUGAUUGAUAAUAAUUGUAACAUAUACUAUUUAUCCCUUGUGAGAAAUACAGAAAUGAAGAACUUCAAAAUUGUGUUGAAAGAUUUUCAGAAUUUUCCUCACAAGAAAGGGCUAAAAAUUAACGAGAAGGAUACCCAAGUUGUAUUUACACAUCAUUUGAAAAAUUUUUUUAUCGUUUUGAAAAAAAGAAAAAUGAAAAAUAAGAAUAUUCUUGAAGGGGUGGAAGGGAGGCUAGUGGACACUACUAAUGCUGAAGUAAACUCUAGUAGUCAUAACAAACUUCCACAAACGGAGAGGAACAACAAUAUGGAGAUGAACAAAAAUGGUGAUUAUCACUUUUCACAGACACGCCCAAUAGAUAAAUUUCCAUUAAGGAUUGGAGAUCAUGACAAAACUGUUAGAGGUUCAUAUAAAUCACGUAAUUUUACGCAACAGGAAGAGAAGGAUCGAAGAAGUAAAAGUCACUUAGAGAGAGAACACAAUAAGAAUUAUCAGGACGAGAUAAACCAUGAUGGUUAUAUCGAAGAGAGAAGAAGUUAUGAAAGUUAUAGAUAUGAAGGAGGAAGUAGUAGUGGAUAUGAGAGUGGAAGCAUUUGCGAGAGUAGUGAUAUCGUGGAGAAUAGACCAGAUGAGAAAAAUUUUGGAAAAGCUACUGAACAGAAAGAAGUGCAAAGAUCUUCACCCCAUUUGUACAAACUGAAAUUAUUGACAAAUUCUGAAGAAGUAGGAGAAGGAAGCGAAGGAAGAAACCUAAAUCAGUCUCCAAAUUAUAAGAAGAACAAAUCCAUGUUCAAGCAUCUUAAUGAAUAUUACAUUAAUGAAGAAAUUGUAGAAAUUUUGUAUAAGAAAAGAAAUUAUAAUUUUCAUGAAUUCUUUGAAAAAUCACAAAAGAGUAACAUAAUUAAAGAUUUCUAUAUCGAUAAAAUGAAGUAUGACAGUAUAAACCAUCAUAUGGGUUCUUCUAAAAAUGAAAAUAAUCCUAUGAGGAUGAAUUAUGCGAAUAGUAACUUUGUCAAUAUGAAUGAUGAUCUAAGGAAUGAUGAAAAUAAUGGACAUCAUAUGUAUUAUGGAAUUACCCCUUCUGCUUCCAAUAUGGAAAAUAUUGGAAGAGGUUUUGCUGAAACUUUUUCAUCGGGCAUUGGAAAUCACAUGGAUAACAGUCUCACCAGAUGUACCUUACCAAUUUAUUAUGACAAUAACAACUUUAUGAUGAGAGGUAAUAAUAACUUUUUUUUUAAAAAUGAAGUAGCAGGUGCAUCAGGGGCAGGACGAGGAGCACAUGAUAAUGUUGGAAGAUCCAUCAUUACAGACCAAGUGGUAGAACGAUUGGAAAGUAUUCCUCCCUUUUUUUUAAAUGAACAUACCGUAAGUGAAUAUCAUGAUUACUAUGAUUUGUUAAUAAUAACGAAAAAGCGUUUAUACUAUAUUAUCCAAAAUACACGCACGCAAAUUGUGGAAAAAAUGGUAAAUAAUUUUUUAACAUACAAAAUGUCAUUUGAAAAUAGAAACAUAAGAAAUAUCCUGCUGAAUGAACUUCGCUUGCGGGAUCCAGUGCAGAAUUAUGAUAACGAUGAGGAGAGGAAGCUUUUUCUUGGUGGAAAAAAUCACACGGAUCAAGAGAAACAUGAUGAAGGAAGAGUUGCUGAAUCUAUGUCUAGGAGAUAUGCUUCAACAGAUGAAGAAGUAGCAGCUGCCGUAGGAGUGAGAUCAGUACCCGCUUCAGUGGGAGUGAGAACAGUAGCAACCCCGUCUCCUCCCAUGAAGGACCCAAGCAAUAAAGAAAUGAUGUACCAUUAUUACGUGAAUGAAAUAAUUAAAAUUUCCUCAAGAGAUGAAUUCCUAUAUAUAAUGUGGUGCAUGUUGCUAAAUCACGUGUACAAGUAUGAAAUUAUGUGUUUCAAUAAUGUUCAUAAUACUGGAGGAAGGAAAAUGGUUCGAGAUAAACAAAACGAAUCCAGAAGUUAUAAUAUAGAUGGUAAUAAUAUAGAUGGUAAUAAUGUAGAUGGUAAUAAUGAUGCAUAUCAUGAUAUGAGGUUGAAUUCUCGCAAAGGAGGAAUACCAUCACUUAUGCUGGGAAUGCAUAACAAGCCAUAUGGACGUAUGAUCAUGCAGACUCAUUCCAAUUCUUACCACCCUGUUUAUUUAAACCAGAGAGGAAUGAAAAAGAAGCAAAGAGCUGUGCAUUUCGAAGGAAGAUUAAACGGAACAGCACAACGGGGAAGAAGACAUGGAAAAAGCAGAAGCAGUAGCAACAACAGUGGCAACAGUAGCCGUGGUAACAUUUUAUCAGGUGCUGAAUAUGGGAAAAUAAAAUACUCUGACCAUAGAAUAAGUGGAAGAAAUCAAAUAGAUUAUGAUAUUCUGAAUAAAUUGUACAGACCAACACCAUUCAAAUUCGGAUUCUUAGACAAGGAUGCUGAUUAUAUUAUUAAACAAGGGAAACUGCAGAGGGCUAUGGAGUUAGAAAUUAAGACUAGAAAAAUUAAAGGAAUAAAUCAUCUAUUCGAUGACACUUUGACUGAUUUGGAAGAGGACGAAACAGAAGGAGGAGUUCGUGAUGGAAGCAGAGAUAUGAAUAAAAUGAAUCAGGGAGUGAAUAAGUCUAACGAAAACCUUCUUCUUAACGACUCAGGAUAUUACAACCUUUUUAAUGUGUGUCAAAAAAGAGCUACAAAGGAGAAGUUAUUUGAAGCUGAAAGAAAUAGAAGCGGUAAUUUUGCCUUUGAGUACUUAACAAAUAAAAAUUUUGAUAUAUUUUUUUUAAAGAAUGUAAACUUUUAUAACAACUCAUUACAUAUGUUGUCUAGAGGGUUAUUUUUACUGGUUAGCCGCAUGCUUAAACCAGUGAUGUUUAUUCAUUUGUUUUCCUAUGAAAGAUAUCGAGAUACGCACAUUUUCAAAUACAGCACGAGUAACAGUACGUACAAAAGUGAAGGAAAAAAUUCUGCUUCUGCAGAAGGAAAUAUCCCUUGGAAAGCAAGAAAGGUAAGGAGAAUAUCCGAGCAUUUGAGGGGAGAUGGUGAUAUAGGGAUAUCAGUAAUAUCGAAGGAAAAAAAUGAAGAAAAUGAAGAAUCAUUUUAUAAUAUGAAAGAUUUUUGCAUAAUUCGUAUGAACGAUAAUGAUAUUAUAUAUUCUAAAAAAAAACGAAAGAGAAAUUGGUAUGAAAGAAAUGAUGGAGUUUAUAUUCUAAAAGGAAAUAUUCCACUGGAUUGUUGUCUAAAUUUAAUUGAAAAGUUGAAAUGCUUAAAUUUAUGUGUUAGUAUCAUUUUGACGAAUCUUGUAAAAAAAAAAAAAGAUUUCUCUAAAAAAAUAAAAGGAGUUACAGAUACAUCCAUUAUGAACAUUUACUACGAUUAUACUGUAGUAAUGAUAAAUGAAAUUAAUGAAUUUUAUGCAAUUUUAAAUUUUAUCAAUUUUAGUAUUGAGUAUUUGUUAAUAUAUUCCAUUAUAAUUUGUGAUUAUUACAAGAACAAAACUGUAAUAAGGAAAAAAAAUAUUGGGACGAAACAGAAUUUUCUGUACCUUCCAAGCACUCUUUUCGACUUACUUAUCAAAUGUAACUUUAUGAAAAUAUACUUGAGUAAGACCUAUAGAGAAAUACUUAAGCAAUGUCUUUUCACUAUUAUCAAUUCUGGAAAAUACAUCCCUGUGGAUUUUUUUCAAGGCUAUAUUAUACACAAAAAUGAGUUCCUGGCUCUUUUUUUGAUUAAAAAAAUUGAGGAGGAAGUUUAUCUGAAGAAGAAAAUGAAGAUAAAGAACGAGUAUGAUGAUGGAGUCUUUAGAAAUUCCCUCGGUGUUGGUCUUGGCAAAAUAGGAACGAGCAUCUUGAAUAAUCAUAGUAACCAUGGAUUCAGAAAUGGAGGUAACUCCAUCAAUUACAACAACAGCAGUAAUAAUAACAAUUAUAACAAUCGCUUGGAAAGAGAAACCACAGGUGUGGACAAAUUUGAUGAACUUCUAGCUUCUGAAAAACGGGCAGAACAUUUUAUUCACGAAAAUUUGAAAGAUGCACUUAUCAAUAUAAGCAUAUUUAAAUUGAUUAUUCUUUUAUACAAAGCUGAUUAUUAUCGUUGUGCAAGUACACUUAUUAGCUUGUACAUUGAUGCUUACAAUAAGAAACUACGCAUGGAUGAGGGGAAUAAGGAGAGAAACGAGAAAUUUAUCGAGAAAAAUAACACCACGUGGUUAACGAGAGACAUUUUGUUUUUCAGCAAUGACAGCCGUAGUGCUAAUCAGAAUCAGAUGCAGCACCAGAUGCUGCAGGAGAAGCAGAGUAACUUCCUGCCGAAGGAUCAUGGGUCAGGCAAGAGAAUAUCCAUCCUUCUGAACAAUAUAGAUGUUAACUACACAUAUGAUUAUUUUGUCCUUUUUGAAAACUGCUUCCUGCCGAUUGAAAAGAUCGUUCACGUGAAUUAUUUGAAAUAUUUACUAAAGCAUAAUGAGAAGAAGAAAAAAAAAAUUAAAACCUUCCUCACAACCUUACUAGAAUAUUCGAAUGACAUCAAUUUACACUUUUUCAUAUUUAACCUCAUUCUGUACAAAUGCAAUAACAUCUUUCCCUGUCCUCUAUCCGAGUUGACAAUUUCACCUCACUUGUACUACUUCAUCAAGUUGAACGAGAUGAAUAUCGCGGAUGCAUAUGUUUAUUACUUUUCUGAAAACAAAUAUCAAGAUAUGGUUAUUUUUUAUGCAAGACAAGCUUUUUAUACAUGGAACGAUCAAAAUUCUGACAAGUCUUACUUGAGGUACAUUUAUCAGAAUUAUGUCCUUGGAAAACAGUUAGAGGAAGAGAAUCCUAGGGAAGGUGGAAACAAAGAAGUAGAAGAAUUGUUGUCUUUCAAACAUCCGAUUGGUGAAGAGAAUCAAAAUAUAAGCAGCACAGGUGGAAGGGGUGGAAGAGAUGGAAGAGAUGAAAGAGAUGGCAUAAGAACAUCUGUCAAAAAUGUCAGAACCAGCACGGGGAAAGGAAGGAUGGACGACAACUCAACAUAUAGAGAUAUCCAGGAAUCAUCAGGAGAUGCCCAGAAUGUAUAUCAGCACAAUUACAAUCGUCAUGGAAAUAACUAUACGAAUCGCUUGAACAGAGAACAAGCUGGUGAAAAGAAUGUUACGAUAAAAUCUCCAUAUGGAGAUAGAGAGAAUAAUAUUGCAUAUAAUGAACCCAUUGAAUAUGUCAAUAAUCACAUUCAAAACUUGACCAAUGUUUUUUUGAGUAACAGCGAACUUAUGACUGAGCUGACACAUAACAAUUACAUUUAUGAAAAUAAUUUCAUUGGAAAUAGCUAUCUCAUGUCGAAUCCUCUGUAUACACAUGAAACGAAGGAAAUAUUUUGCAACAUUUAUAAAUACUUAUACACUAUUUUGACAUAUCCAAGCUUGAAAAAGAGAAUUGAAUAUAUCGAAAGUUGCAUGAAAGCAAAAAUUUUUAUAAUACAAAAUGCAACGAAUAAAUUUAAAGGGACGAACUUGCAGAAAAAUAUGUUACUUAGUGAAUAUUUGGAUGUAGGUAAACAAACUGAAUUGGUUGAUCACUAUUAUUCUUCUACUCAUCAUGGGGAUAAGAAGAAUAGAAAUAAAAAGAAUAUCCAUCAUCAUCAUUAUCAUCCACUUGUAAGCAUUGGUAAUUUUCGGCAUGGAAAUGAAGGAAUAAAGAAAAAAGCGCUACUAGAUAUGUUAAAUACAAAUAGUAUGUUGAAAAAGGAAGUAUUGAAGAGUUACUACACUAUUGAUAAAGGAAUCUCAUAUGAUCCGUCUUUUGUAGACACAUUGAAAGAGAUGAUGAAAAGAAAUAAAUGUUUUUUCACCGUGAAAGAAGAUUUUGUACAUAAACAGAAUAGCUACUUCUUAAACUUGAAAGAUAUAAAAAAAUGUAGAACGGCACUGAAUUAUCAGAAAUUAUUAUUUCACGAAAUUAUAAAUUUAUUUGUUUUUUAUGUAUACAAAUUUUGCAGUUGGAAUUAUGUAAAAAAUUAUUUUGAAAUUUUGAUGAAUGGAUCGAGAGAAGAUCUGAUAACUGUUAUGACACAUUUAGAAAAUUUAAACAAAGAGGAAAUUGAAGUAAUAAAAAAAUCUUUUGCAAAUAUGUAUGAAUAUUUAUCAAAAAGUAAAUAUGAACAUAUAGAUGAUAUAAUAACAGAUUAUAACAACAAAAUUAAUAACAAUUUUAACGGAAAGAUAAAUAUGCUUCGUGUUGUCGACAUUAUUGAUACGUUUAAGGAAUACCUUUUUGUAAUUCAAAAGUGUAUACAUACAAAAGAAAAAUUAAAGGAAACGAUUUUUUUUAAAAGUAAGUUUCUAUUUCAGAAUUUUUUACCAUCUUUUAAUUUACUCAAAUUGAUAAUAUUAUGUGAUAAGAAAAAAGAAAAAAUAGAAUGUAUGAAUACGAACUGUUUUUCUACGGUCAAUUAUAUGCUAAAGAAUGAUAAUAAGAAAUGUAGCACUCUUACAUUUUCAAAAUAUUCUUUUUAUUUUGAAAGAUUACUCGACUUUGCAUUUUCCCUCUCCAUCACAUUUGAAAAUAUAAAUUUUAUUAUUAACUACAUUGGUGAUAUUAUGAAAUUGUAUGAUGUGAAAUUUAAAAAUUGUCUUUACCUUUUGGUUAUUGUCAAAUUACACAAGUUUAUGAACAACCUUUUCGAAAUGCAAAAAAUAAGAAGUCUUUUGAAAAAUAAGGUAGAUGUGUUACGAAAACGUCAGAACUAUUCUUCCACAAAUCGGAUGAAGUUAAUUUACUUUUUGAAUUGUAUUCCUCUCAUAUAUUUGGAUCCACAGAUGAAUGUCAUAUUGAUAAACGAGUCUUAUGAGUACAAGAUAAACCAGGACAAAAUCAUAUUUUCCAAAUUGUCCCCAUUUUCUCUCGUUUCAAAGGCUGUAAACCAUAAGCUCAGGAGUGUGUAUUCAUACCACGAUUACACUGAUAACUACGAGGGAGAUGGAGAAAAGGAAGAAAAAGAAGACGAAGCAGAAGUUGAAGGAGAGGAAGAAGUUCUUCUUGGUGGUGGUUACCGAAACAGGGGACGUAGAACGCUUGAUGCACAGGAUGCAGAUUAUAAUAUGCAAAAUGCUGAUGAAUUUCUAUCGAAAAAAAUAAAACGAAAUAAUGCAGCUAUCGAUCGGAACGAUAGGAAAGCCUUAUAUCAUUUGUACAAUGUGAACUACUGCUUUAAUGAGAAUGCACAUGAGAAAGAUUUUCAGGGUGUUGGUACUACUACUAAGAGUGGAAAAGUUGGAGGAACAACAGCCAAUGCAUCCGUGCAUCCACCUGAGAUAAUUGUGUUGAGUUACAAAAAUUAUUGUUCAUACAUUGUGUGGAUAUCUAAUUUGUUAUUAAAUCAUAAAAUUGAAUACAAGGAAUUAAUUAAUGUGUAUGUGAAGAUCCAGAAUAAUAUGAAGCAUCAGAAAUCUUCACAAGUAGAAGAACACGAAAUUGCAAUAAUAAUUUAUUACUUAUUUACCAUGUGGAUAAAUGGAGAUAAAAAUAAUUGUUCUUUUUUUUUUUAUAAUGAAGAGAAAAGUUUUAAUGAGAAAAAUAAUAUUGGAUGUUUUUUGAAAGACAGAAAUGGAAAUAUAGAAUAUAUAAAUAACUACUCAUUGAUAACACUCUUAAAAGAAUUGUUAUCCAGAGCAGAAUUCUAUUUUGAAUAUACAUCAGAUGCUGCAUCUCGCAAUUAUGACAUUAGUUGUGUCAUUUUGGAUUCUUCCAUAUAUGACAAUGAUAAGGUUAAGAAAUCUUCCGUUGAUAUUUUGAAAAAAUUCUUUGAAAAUAUUUAUGUCACUUUUAAUGAGGUUAUGACAAAAAUACCUCUCCUCACACAUAUUCUCGAAUUUCAAGCGAUUCAGACAUUUCUUAAGCGAUUCAAGACAUACUUAGAGGAAAUCGCUUGCAAGAUCACACUUAUAGAGGGCCCCUUCCUUUGA